AUGCAAUUCAUGAGCCAAGCUAUGGGCAUAGCAGACUGCAUUCUGUUGGCUGUAGCUCCAAUCGGAGCCAUCACCACUGUUGUAAGCGCUAUUAGAGUAGCAGGGCCAACAUGGUUAAAAUCGUUCAUUGGACGAGCAAGAGAAAAUCUUGCUGCCGCAGAGGUUGAAGUGAUGUCCUCUACGUCAAAAGAAACAUGCGAGCUUUGGAACGGCCAUAGGGUGGUUAGAUGCCCGGGAUCGGCUGAUAUAUAUCAAUUUAUCUGUUUAAUCCCGAACGAUAAAACACCGGACAAUCAUGUCACGCACAUACCCUCUUCAAAUAACGCUUCGUCUACAAAUUCACAACAAACACAAGAAAUAGAGAUAACCAUUAUUACGGAUAACUUACAUGAUGGCGCACCAAAUCUACUGCUCAAUUGCCACGACCGAGCCGGCCGAAGAGAAAUAUAUAUUGCUGCCGCUCUUGCCAUCAUCCUACAGCUUGGCGCUGUAUUAUAUUUUGGAAUUAUCACUUACCACAAACCUAUUCAGAGCCGUUUCCUGAAAGAUGGCAACAGCAUAGUUAAAUACGCAUUUCCAUGUGCUGCGAUAGGAACUAUACUACUAGUGUUUGGCCUAUUCAUAUGCUCUUGGGUCGUUGGCGAAAGCACUAUAGAAACGUACUACGAAACGGGGAAGCAUCAAAUAUUUGUUGUUUGGUUGCAAAAGGGCCACACCGUGAGUGAUCAAGAGUUCAAGCCCUAUGCAAUCUACCCAGCUAGCAAGCGAGAUUAUUUUACUAUAUCUCGACGGCAAAAUAUCGAGAAUGAUCGCAAGGAAAUUAGAGACCUAUAUCGGAAACCCUUGUAUUGGCCAUUAAACUUCAUCACAGUUGUUGGUUCUUUUAUUUCUCUUGUGGGAUUCAUCUCACAAUUCAUUGGGAUGCGGGGACUAAACUGGACAGCAUCAAUUGUACAGCUUGGUAUUACAAUAGUGGUAACCGUACUACGGGUAAUAGUCCGACGCGGACUAGGAAAAACUCCUAAUCGGACGGCCUUGAAACCGAAAUUUGAGCUUCAUUGGUUUGUUCUGAGCUUUGGAAAUAUU